AUGCCUUCAACCAUGACUCCCAGCGUUGACCUAUCAAAGCGCCGACGCUUCCAACCUCCUAUCACCUCGUUCUUCACAUCUGCCACAGAACCGGUGUCCUCUGACACACCUGCUGUGUCUCACCACCACCACUACGCCGCAGCAACUUUCUCUGCGACCCCGGUCGUCCCCGCCACAGUGCAGUCCUCCCUCCUCUCCGUCGGGAUGCGGGUUCGGAAAUCUGUUGCCGAUGGAUACAGGACCAACCUGGCUAAGACUCAAGAGAAAGUCGCACCUCAACCUGCCACCGCUCAGACACCUGGAGUCCAGCCCUUUCGAGGAAACCGCAGCCACUCCGAACUGACUCCUUUCUCCGGUCUUGGCCGCGAUGAGUACCUUGUCAACGACGAUGGUGACGCCUUUUCACUUCCCCCAAGUAGCCAGGAGUCCGUCGACUCAGUCUCGGGUGCUCUGGGUGGCCAAAAGCGGUCUUUGGAUGUUGAAGAAAUCUAUGCCGACGAGGAUGAUGACGACUACGAUUACCGACAAGACGGUUCCUUCGGUCCCACCAUUCUGUCUCCCAACAUGGGCCAGAGCCGUCGCAUUCUCCCUAUGCGCGGCAGCAAGGUUCAGCAGUCUACCAUCGACAUCGAUGACUUUGAAGAAGCUUCCUUCCUUCGUCGCCGUGAAGAAGUUGAUGCCGAUGACGUUCGGAUGUACGGCGCUUGA